AUGUUUAAGGGGUGGGUGGACUUCAACCUCAUCAACUCCCUCAACCGCCUCCCCGCGCAACGCCCGCCCUCCGCCGGCGGCGGCGACGCUUCCCCCGCCAACGAGACGCGCGUGUUCUGGAUCCUCACCAUCGUCACGCUCGCCGCCGCUGCCGCGUUCGCCCUGGGCAGCCUGCUGCUGUGGGUCGUGGGGCAGUGCGUGGCGCUGAGGACGAGGUCUGGCUUCAGGCAGCACGGGGUGCACGCGCUGGUGUGGCUGCCGACAGUCGUCAUUGCGCUGUCGGACUUUUUGAAGCUCGUCGUGCUGCAGAGCAUCAUCAACAAGCUGCGCUGGCAGCAAGCCUGGUACACCUUUGAGGCGGUGCGCGCAGAGGCCGGCAAACGCACAACCGACCAGCCGCCCUGCACGGAUGUCCGCAUUGCCAUCAUAGUGGCACUCAUAUCCGUCGGCUUUAAUACCCUGGUCUUUUACGCCCGCGAGCCUCGCCGCGUGCUGCCAAAGGCGUUGGCCAUAAUCCCGGCGGCAGUCCUGACGGCGCUGCUUUGGGUCAAGCCCGUCACGUCGAUGAUGGUUUGGGCGUUCUCGCAGCGCUUUUACACAGACAAGUGGGUGGCCGGUGUGGCGAGGGCCGGCCUGCUGCCCUGGGGUCAUGCUUGGCCGGCCCUCACGCCGCCGAUCCCCAGGGGCGUGUUCACCCUCAAGGCAGAGGAGAUAGUGGCGCUGCUGGCGCUCGUGCUGGCCAUCGGGUUCACCCUGGCCGUAGGCCUUGUGCUUGCAGACCUGAAGUUCAUUUCACGCCUCGUCAGCCGGCCCCUCGCGCUCUGCGGCUGCGCACCCCCUGCCUACUCGGACCCCGCCCCCACCAAGGCCGCUGCCGCCCCCGCCGUCGCCGACGAGGAGGCCGACGGCGGCCCGGGCGCAGCAGCGGCGCCGUCACCCGCGCCGCCGCCGCGCCGCCGCGGCUGGGCACUGUUCGGCGGCGCGGGGCGUCCGCCGCGCCGCGCGCGCACGCUGCGGCGCGCGCUCAAGGUGCUGUCCCUCCAAAUCAUGUUUUUGGGGCAGCUGCCCAUCGUCUUUGGCGUGCUGGCGCCCAUAGUGCUCGUCGGGUCCCUGGGGGUCUGGAAUUUCUGGGUUGCGAUCGACCUGAUCGUGGGGGCCGCGCUGCUCGCGCUGCUGCUGGUGCUGUGCGUGGUGCGGCGCUGCGGCGGCGGCGGCGACGUGUGGGUCGACUGA